AACUUGCAAAACUGCAAAUUAUCAUGGAGGGCUUUUCGCUCAACAUUGCGACGCCAUCAGCGCCGCGCGUGGUCAAGAGGAAGAAGGUCAGCAAGUUUCGCCAGAACAAGAAGAAGGCGACUGCACAGCGCAAAGCUCCACAUGCUUCUGGAACGGCAGGACCUGCAUCUCCGGUUUCAGGCAUUGUCCGUCCAAAGCCCUCGCCUUCUACUAAGCUUGACGUCGUGGCCCCUCGUCAGAACGACGAGCCUUCCAAGAACGACGAGUCUGCACCUGAACCCGAGCAGGAUGAGUCAGCCGACGAGUCUGAAGACGACGACAUACCGGCGUCGGCUGCUCCGGUGGCGACCAAGGUGUAUUCGUUCGACCACUUGACAAAGAACGUAGCAGCCGCCGACACAUAUGCGAUCAAGGCAUCUGGUGGCAGUCUCACGACGGACAAAGGCACUCGCCGCAACCCGAACAAGGACGCGUACUCUGCCGACUCGUACAACCGUUCGGCGCUCGACAUGUCGACUAUGGUCGUGCACAACGCGCCGCUCGCGUCAAAGGAAUCCACUGACAUCUUCGCCAAGACGACGUCGUUUGGUGCCAUGAAGCUGCAUCCCCACAUGGUUGCCAUCUUGGCCAAAGCAUCCGACGCUGGCGGGUUCGGCUUCAACCAACCCACGCGGGUGCAGGUGGCCAGCGUCCCGGCCAUCUUGGCGGGCGGUGACGUCAUGCUCAAGAGCGAGACUGGGUCAGGCAAGACGCUGUCGUACUGCCUACCCAUUGUCCACUCGCUCAUGUCCCGAAAGGUCAGAGUGAACCGAAGCGAAGGGUGCUUGGCCAUGAUCUUGGCGCCGACACGCGAGCUUUGUGUGCAAAUCCACGAAACCCUCGAACGAUUGCUCAAAGUGGCCGUGUACAUUGUGGCGGGGAGUGUCGUGGGCGGCGAAAAGAAAAAGGCCGAAAAGGCCCGUCUGCGCAAAGGCGUGUCGAUCUUGGUGGCGACUCCAGGCCGUUUGGUGGACCAUCUCACCAACACCCAUGCGUUUACGUACAACCGUCUGCAGUUCCUUGUGCUCGACGAAGCCGACCGGCUGCUGGACCUGGGCUUUGAGAAGAGCAUUGCGCAGAUCCUCGAGUAUGUGGUCGCCAAGAUCGACGACGACGUGACUCGGCAGAGCAUCCUCGUGUCGGCGACCAUCAACGCCGGCGUCCAGCGGCUCGCGGCGCUUAGUCUGACCUCCCCCAAGUUUAUCGACGCCGACGCCUCCAAGGGCCCCGAGACAACGUAUGCGACGCCGGACCAACUGGUGCAGCACUUUAUGGUUGUGCCCGCCAAGCAGCGCCUGUGCGCGCUGAGUGCGUUCGUGCGCGGCGAGUGCCGGCGCAACAAGCUCCGGUCCAAGAUCGUCGUAUUCCUGUCUACCUGCGACGCCGUGGACUUUGUUUCGAAUUUGUUUCAAAAGUGCCAGUGGCCCCAGGCGCCAUCCAUGUUUGGGCCGGCGGUUUUUCGCUUGCAUGGAAAUGUCAACCAGCAGGACCGUACAGCCACGUUCCAGGCGUUCUGCAAAGCUCAGUCCGGCGUGCUCUUUUGUACGGACGUGGCAGCCCGUGGCCUCAACUUGCCCACGGUCCAGUGGAUUGUGCAGUAUGAUCCGCCCACGGAGACCAGGGAUUAUGUCCACCGCGUCGGCCGCACGGCGCGAAGUGGAGCGGUGGGCAAUUCACUGCUGUUUUUGCUGCCGUCGGAAUCCGCCUACUGCGACCACUUGAAGACCCACGGGCUUAACUUGACGGCCCUGAGCUUGGAAGCGACUCUAGCUCGCAGUGCGUACAAGGGCGAGUUUAAACCGUCCAGCAAGAAGGAGGUGCACGAGGUUGUGGUGCACGAGUUGCAGUAUCUGUUCGAGCAAACCGUACUGGCUAAUACGGAGCUGUUCGACAUGGCAUGCCAGGCGUUUCAGUCGUUUGUGCGCAGUUACGCUACCCAUUCGACCGACACGAGGCAGUACUUUCACGUCCGCAGCCUCCAUUUUGGCCACGUGGCCAAGAGCUUUGCCCUGCGCGAGCCGCCAGCGUCCAACAAAGUGACCAAGGGCAGCCAGCAGGCCAAGACGGGCACGCUCAAGAAACGCAAGGCGCUUCAGGAUAUUGAUGACUCGAUCGAAAAGUCCAAGCAGAAAAAGGCCGGCCAGGCCAAACGCAAGUACAACAACCACGUGUCCGAGUUUGCAGAGUAAUAUACAAUGCCAGUUAGUUACCGUACG